AUGGAUGUGGCGUGGCGCUGUCAUUCCCGAACUGUUCCGGCUGAUGUGAAGAAUGACUGCGCUCGCGAGUGUGCGAGCUCACUGGUUUGCGGAAACCCAGCGACGCCGAUCAACAACAGAGCCAUCAGCGCUGCAGAGGCAACCCACGAGUUGCUGCUGCUGCUGAUGAUGCUGCUGCUGCUUGCCCCACGCGCUCUCGUGCGUUGGGCAGCCCUGCCCCAGUGCUUGCCCUUCACCGUGCCCCGCGCGGGGCUGCGCUCGCCGCAAGCCACCUGGGACUCCUCUGACCCGCUGACGGGCGCCGACUGGAAACGCAUGCGUGAAGUUCUCAACCAGCGCAUGCUCAAGCCCAGGGAGGUGAUGCAGUUUGCGGACCCCCUCAACGCCGUCGUCACAGAGCUGAUGGGGCACGUGCGGGCGAGGCGCGGGCACGGCGCCGCUGCCGCCGUUUUCCCACUGCCGGACGUCGCUCAGCUGUUCUACCGAUUCGCCUUUGAAGGCGUUACAACCGUUCUGUUUGAGACUCGAAUGGGCUCGCUCGAGGAGACCGUCCCCAAGGAGACCCAGGACUUCAUUCGCGCCAUCGAGAGCAUGCUGUCCACCACGAUGUACGUGAAGGCCCUACCUCAGUGGACUCGGCCACUCCUGCCCUUCUGGGGCCGCUUCGUCCAGGCGUGGGACGUCAUCAUCAACACCGCGACGCGACUGAUAAACAUCAAGCUGGCGGAGGUGAAGGAUUGCAUCUCCCGGGGGCAGGAGGUGCGCGGCGAGUACCUGACCUACUUGCUGGCGAGUGGUCGCCUCUCGCUGCCCGAAAUCUACAGCAACACCACCGGUCUGCUGGCUGGCGUGGACACCACGUCGAACACACUCUCGUGGAGCCUCUACCACCUGGCUCGGAUGCCCGCCUUGCAGGAGGCCCUGUGCCGUGAGGUCAAUGCGGUCGUGCCUGGUGACGCCGUGCCGGGCAUUGACGAAGUGGCCCGGAUGCCACUCCUCAAGGCCGUCAUCAAGGAGACGCUGAGGUUGUACCCAGUGGUCUUCCAGAAUGCGAGAUGCAUCAUGGAUGAUGGCGUGGUAGUCGGCGGGUACUCCUUGCCGAAAGGGACCCGCCUGUCGCUGUGCCACUACCUGCUCUCCAUGGACGGAGAAAUCUUCCCGAAUCCACGGGAGUUCCGGCCCCAGCGCUGGCUGCGGGGCAAGGACCGUGCCGCAUGGCGGCACGGCAGUGGCGGGGAAGAGGAGGAAGAGGCUGCUGCUGCUGCCACCUCGGAGAGAACGCAUCCCUUCGCCUACAUCCCAUUUGGCUUUGGGCUGCGUGGGUGCGUGGGACGCCGUAUCGCCGAGCUCGAGAUGCACCUCUGCCUGGCCAGGUUUGUGAAGACGUUCGAGAUGAUGCCCGAGCCCGGCGCGGAACAAGUUCAGCCAAAAACGCGGGCCGUCCUCGUUCCCUCCGCCCCCAUCAACCUCUUGCUGCGUGAGAGACUCUGAGGAGAAGAAACUAAAGAAGAAGAACGAUACAGAGAGAAGGCCAUAAUAUUUUUAUUUUUGGGUUAGAUCGCGAAAAUAUAUAAAUGUCUCAUUAAACUCGCCACCACUCAACACAGCCAACUAGUAAGGUUUGUCACAUAAACAGAACAUGCCAACUUGUUACUAGUGCAGCACACCGGUGUGUUGGAGAGCAAUGCCACAAAAUGUACAAUCUAAGUACGACGUUUCUCCAGUAAUUACAACUAGCUUCAUCAGCCGACAGCCAGAUUUGUAAAAGCCUACCUCUUCAACAGAGAGGAAGGUCGAUUGCAAUAUUUGCAUGGUCGUGGACUCUGGUUUGUGGGAAUUUUGGGUGCAAUGGCUCACUCUCCCGGUGAUUUUAUUACUUUUCCAAAUUUCAGCGUCUCGAAUUCGAAUGAAGAAAUAAUGAUUUGUUUGACAUUGCGACGAAUGGUCGUGCCUCUCGUGGCUGCUGUAGAGCUAGUGUGAAUCCAUUACAAAUAAGGUGACUUGAAACAAAUAUUUGUUACGUGCAAUUUAAUGCCACAUGCGUUGUGAGCUUAAUAAUACCUUUUGAUCCGUUGAUGCUUCUUGACACAUCCGGGUGGCAAGUAAUUACGCAUUGGAUUACAUUCAUUUGUUGCGCUCAAAAUACAUGCAUCUCAUCGUGCGUGUGUGAGAGUCAGUGAUUUACGAUGUAUGUACGCAAAAUAAUACGUGUAACCGGCUCGCCCUAUCCCUCUCCUCCCGUGAUCGUAACGAGGGCACAAGCCGUUUAAUAAAAACAACAAUAAUAGACGAUGAGUGGGUUUUCUGCCAUGUGUUCUGCCCUCUUGAGGAUCGAGUGACUUCCACCACCGUGGGACACCAGAGGGUUGUGGAACUGCAACUCUCUAUUCCAAAGUGUUCUUCUGAAGAGCACUCGUGCAUCUGCAAUCACGACUAGAUGCACACCAAUCGACCCACGUUGAAACACAGCACCUCGCUGCUCAAUCCCUGUACAGCGUCGAUGCGAAUCUGAAUAGGUUUCUCGUACCCUGAAUUGAUUACUCCACUGGUAGGCAUGGCCUGUUGUGCAGUCACGUGAUUCGUUGGGGUCCACUCCGUGGUCAUCAUUAACUUAAUUCACAAUUAUACGUGUGAUUCAUAACAUAAUACCUGUCAACCCAUAUGUGGGUUACCCGUAUUCUUGUACAGGGAAUUUGCGUUUUUAGGUUCAUACGGCGUACAGACUU